AUGAAGGCGCUGCUACAUCGAACACAUCUGCACCACUGGGACGCACAGAAGAAAUCGUUCGAGAGUAUUUUCGUCUGGCGCUACCAUGAAGAAGAUCCAGAUGAUCCUGCUGAACGUGUACACUAUCCCGCGUCGUUCGUGAUCCAAGCAAGCGGAGAUCUUCUACACGUCUAUCGCGUACAGAACCAAGAUACUGGGUGUCUGUCGCACGCUGAGAAAGCCCAAACGUACGUCGUACGUUAUCUGGCCAUCGCGGAGCUGCUGAACGAGGGGACUGUGGUACGCCCGCAAGGGUAA